GAACAGUAACAUCGCUGUUGGGCAUACUUAAAAGCUGCUGUUAAGAACGUAACUGUGCUGUUGGGCGCAUUUCUUGUUUACAACCGGUUCAAUAGUAUAAAUAUAAAUAUAGCUUUUAUUUUAAUAAAUCGCCAAGGGAGUUAAACUAUCACACAUGGACGCCUUGCCGGGAAGUUCCUCCGCCCUGCACACAGACACCGAGCAAACUGGGCUGAUUUCCGCCACUGUAGUGGCCGGCUUAAGGAACCUGGGCGCCAUCAUUUCGCUGCCACUCACCAAAUUGCUCAUUGCAAAUUCCUUGAAACUGACACUCCAUCCAGAUGCCACCAUUGCUCCCGUGCCCGAGCUCUAUGCCAGCAAUGCCGCCUGCGCGAAACAGAGCGAGUACGCAGUGGUCACACUCUACGCCCUGGGCACCAAGCACGGCUGGGACGGCCUCCAACUGCGCCAGCAGCUGGAGCAACUCAACCUGGAUCCAGCCGCCGUGGACGAGCUGAGCCGUGUCUACGACGACAAUCGCAAGGAACUGAUUCUCCGCCAACUGCAGAUAGGCCAUAGCUUCCCGCACAUCACGGACAUCCAGUGGCGCAUCGUGUGCGACGUCAAGUCCUCCACCUCUGACUGCAGCACGGGCAUGGCCAGCUUCCACAUCAAUCUGGGCAACUUCCGACAGAGCAGCGGUGAGCGGGUGACCAUCGUUGAGUUCGUCUGCAACGCCGAGGAGCUGCAGUCACUGAUUAAUCGUCUAAAGGAGAUCGAGCGCCACUGCCAACAGAUGGCCGUGGCCUAGGGAAACAAGCGUCUAAUAUUCCUAUCGAUUAUAUUUUGCAGCAUAUAUAACACAAGCAUU